UGGUAAUGCGCGUCUGUAUGAGUUGUGAACCUCGCAGAAUUUCCUGGAGAUUUUGAAAAGGCGAUUGCCAUUCCUUUAUGAUAGUAAAUGGGAGCAGUUUUUUCUCAUUUCUCAGGAAAAUUGACGUCGCAAAUAGAAUCUGACUCAUUUGAAGCACCAUCUGUCGUGGUAAAAUCUAUGGCAGAGGCUAAUUAUCCAAGAGAUGCGCAUACUGCAAUCCAACAUACUGGGAGACCUUGCUUUUCUCGAGAGGAAGUCAACAGAUAUUCAAACGCGCUUCAUACAUGCCACGAGUUUCUAACCAACAGCUUAAGUCUUGUUGAACGACAAAGAUUACUAGAGACUGAGUUGGAUACUUGUCACGACAGGUUGCGACGUUUUACCGAAGACCACGCUCGCUUAAGCGAAAGUGUCAAUGAGAACAUCUCGAGUUCCAACCGACCAUCUGCACUGGAAAGAAACUACGAACAGUUUUAUGAUCAUGAGAGGAUGGAUGCAAUCGACUACAUCGAAAAAUCACGAAUAAAAAAGGAAGUCACCAAAUGGAGUGAAAUUGAGGACCAACGUGUCGCUUGUGUGGUUUUUGAGGAGGCGUUCAAGGCAGCUCAAACUUUAAAGGAAAGUUUCCUUGAGGGCAUUUCGUGCAUGAUGAAGUCAGCACCGGCGAUAGGAGCUCAGUACUCUGAAGGAAAGAGUGAUCCGGUAGUUUUCUCUGUCAAACGUGACCAGCGUCAACCAAGCUCUCUUGGGCAAAGUGAUUUGAACAACUUGAAGGCAAUCUUAAAAGAGACAGCAGAAAGUUGUGACAUUGACGCAAUCAUCAAGAGAGUUUAUGAUUUUCUCUCUCAUCGCCAAGAAAACGGAAGACUCUCAGAUUACACAAAAGACUUCUUCCGUAAAAAAGAGAUGGUAAGGUAUUUGGAAAAGUGUUGCAGGUAUGCAUGGAAGAUGGUCUGCCAGACUCCACCCUAUUUGAUUCAAGGAAAUUCUGUUAUACUUAAAUCAGAUGCUGUCUUCGAUUCUGCCUACCAUCAAGUCCCCAGGAAAUAUGGCGAGUAUAAUUCAGGACUCAUUCGCAUGGUUCUUUGGCCUGGUUUGUUUGAGGGAUCGUCAGGUAGAGUUGUUCGAAAAACUGAAGUUGUUUUAAAGUGACAGUUCUUAACUAAAGGAAACUCUCUGGAUUGAUAGUAAAAUUCCCCUGAGAGACUGGUAAGAUUCUUCCCUUAUAUCAGUUACAACCUGGCUGUAGGUUAAAAUGAUGAUGCGAAUGAGGGAUAGUUGUGUAAUUGACCUAAUAAACUUGUUUCCUGCAA